UUUGUUGAUGCUGUGAAUUCCAUGGGCCAAACCUCUCUCUUCACUGCUGCCCUGCUGGGGAUGGCUAAAAUCGUGGAUGUGCUGCUGGAAUAUGGCUCGGAUGCUAAUCAUCGCUGCUACGAUGGGAGCACCCCAGUCCACGCUGCUGCUUUCUCGGGAAAUCCGUGGAUCCUCAGCAAAUUACUGGAUGAGGGAGGAGAUCUCCGAGUCCACGACAAAGAGGGGAGAACUCCCCAACUCUGGGCUUUGUCAGCCCCCAAGGAGAGCAACGCUCAGGUGCUGGAAUUUAUCCAGCAGUGCACGGUGCACAUGCAGGCUGCAAUUUGGAACCUUCCCUCYGAUCUGCUCAGGAAAGUUGGCUCCUCCAAGGCUUUGAUCUGCAGCCCCUCGAGGUUUGGUGGCCUUGUCCAAAGUGCUGACAGUCCUCUGGGUAAAUUCCUGAAAGGAGAYCCCAGUGUGGCCAAGAACAUUUACAGCUUUGGUUUUGGGAAGUUCUGUCUCACAGGCAGUGGCCACCUGGGCUACCUGGCCUCUCUCCCAAUUAUUGGGGAGAAAGACGUGGUUCAGGCUGAUGAUGAACCAGCAUUUUCUUACCUCGUCGGGCCCUACAUGACCAUGACCAACCUGAUGUGGGGAGGCAGCAGAGUGACAGUGAAGGAGCUGAGUUUGCAGCCCCAACAGAACAACUCCAAACUGCGCCUGGGUGAUCUCCUCCUGGCAGAGCAGGAGCACAGCAGCAAACUCCGCCACCCUCACCUGCUGCAGCUGAUGUCUGUGUGUCUGUCCAGYGACCUGGAGAAAACUCGUUUGGUCUUUGAAAGGGUUCACUUUGGCUCUCUGUACAGCAUCCUUCACGAGAGGCGUACAGAAUUCCCAGUGCUGCAGACAGAGACAAUUUUACACAUUUUGCUGCAGAUCCUCGACGCUCUGCGUUUCCUGCACUCACGGGGGUUUAUUCAUCGCUCCCUCUCCUCCUAUGCCAUCCAAAUCGUGUCCUCUGGGGAGGCCAAACUCUGCAACCUGGAGUACAUGAUUGAGAGCAGAGACAGUGGAGAACACAGUGAUCUGACCCGAAUUCCUGUCCCAGUGCAGCUKUUCCGCUGGUCUUCCCCUGAAAUAAUCCUGGAAAAACCUGGMACAGCCAAAUCUGACGUUUACAGCUUCUGUGCUGUGCUGCAGGAGGCUUUGACAGAGAGUCCUCCCUGGAAAGGUGUGGAAGAUUCAGCUGUCAAACAGCUCCUGCUGGAAGGAGAGAAGCUGGAGGCAGAUGCCAGGCUCCCCCUGCUCUAUUAUGAUCUGGUCAARUCAGGCUUGGAACCCAAACAGAGAAACCGCUCCAUGAAACUUCAGGAUAUUCAAUAUAUCUUGAAAAAUGACCUGAAGGAAUUGGUGAAGUCUGAAAGCAGUGAAGUGUUCAAAGCACAGAGAGCUGCUGUUUUUGCAGAUGUGAACAUCUGCUGGGCUUCAGCUUUUAGCUUCCAGAAGAGAAGAGUGGAAUUCCAGGAAAAAGAGAGGAGCAAGGCUGGUGGCUUUUGUGCCCCCCAGGACUGUGUUUUCCCCAAGGAGAGCGGAGCUGUGGUGCUCCCGGAGACGCCGGCCAGCGCGGAGCCGUCCCCACGGGACAGAAUCCUGGAUGUCUCCUCUGAGCUCCAGACCAGAACUUCUGACUCCAGUGAGAGUGAUGUGGAUGGGAGCCUGUGCAGCUUUGAGAUGAAUGAAAUCCUGGCCAGUUAUCCUGGAGAUUGCCAGGAUUUCCUGGAAGGAGGGCCCGGAUCGGGGCGAGCGCUGCAGGAUGCGGGAAGGCAGCGGGAUGAGGAGGAGGAGGAGGAGGAUGGGGAAUCCUCGGGGUCCAGCACUGUGUUCACUGCAGAGGAGGAGGAGGAGGAAGAGGARAGAGUGAGAGGAGACACCAGUCCCUGGCAGAGCCAGCAGCACUUCAGCAAAUGCGUCCUGAACCUGAAAAUCAUCCAGAGCAUGCUGCAGCAGGCUGGGGAGUCCCUGUGCAGGACUGAGGAGAAGCUGGACAGGCUGAAAGCCAUUGGCAAGCGCAAAAAACUGCUCCAGGAAAUCAGGAUGAAUCUGCUUCCUGAGGAAAGUUUCCAGGGGAGGCACUGGGAUGAUUCUGAUGCUACUUCCCAAAAUUCUGAGGAGCCUUUUUCUGAAGACGAAGCUUUUUUACCCCAAGCUGUGGCUCCACGGUGCAGGGAUUACAUUCCACCAGCAGUGACGUGUCAGGCACAGGGCAGGGACCAUUUCCAGGCUGUUCCCAAGGCAGCCAAGGAAACUGAGGCAAUUCAGAGUGAAAAAUGGAAGAGUAAAACCUCAAAAAGCCGUCGUGAUCCYGGCUGUAGYGUGGGGAAAGGCCUGGAUGAUGGARMAAGUCUGACCCAGGAGCCUUUCCUCCCACACGUGGCUGCCAGGUGCCAAAAAAAGUUCAACUUGCAAUGUCAUAGAGGAGCUGAUUCACAUCCUGCAGCGAGCAGGGAGGAGGAGGAGAAGUGGUGCCAGUCAAAACCGAGGGCUGAAUUCUGCAGCAAAAAAAGCACUGAGAGGAGGAGGGUGGUGCAGUCGGGAUGGAGGACUGAGGUGAAGCAGAUGGCCAGGAGAGCUGUCUCAGGACGCCUGGGGCUGGGCUGUCCAUACCCAGCUGGGGAAUGCACAUCAGAGAGUGAAGCUGAAAGUGUCCAGGAGAGCUCCCAGAAUGUCCAGAAAGGUCAGGGACAGCAGAGGUGGCAUCAGGGUGACAAUGCCAAACCCUGGGGUGGUGAGGACACAACCAAGCCUGGGCUCAGGGAUGUUCAGCCCACAGCCAGGAGUUGCAGAGGGAGGAACUGCCCGUCCCCAGCAGCAGAUGAGCAAGCAGAGUCUGGAAUAGCCAUUGCUAAGAGUUCAGUCCUCCCUCAGCCAGCUGAGAAUCUCUCUAGAGGGCAUUCAAGGGAAUUCUGCUGUUCCCUUGAUUCACCUCCUGAUGUGACUGAAGAAUUCUUCACUCCUGAUUAUUUCCUUCCUCCUGCUCUGGAGGGAAGUGCAGAACCAGAGACCUCAAACGCUGAGGGCAGAGCAGAAGGUGYUGGUGAAGGAUUUUUACAGAAAAUCCCUGCAGAUGCAGGAUCAGGAAUUCAAACUCCAGGGGGAAAAAUGCCAUCCUGCAGCCCCAGAGCAUCGCAGAGCUCCAGGCUGGGAGGGAAUCUGAGCCCAGAGCCYGCAGCCAGUUUUAAUCAAAAAGUUUUUACAGGCUCGUGGAUGAAGCACAAGCAGCGUCGCUGUGGGAGCCACAGGAAGAAUGCCAAGAAAAAGAUGUAUGAAAAAAUCCCAUCAGCCUAUGAGAAAUACAAACACUGCCAUGAAUUCCCUUCAGAUUCCUCCUUUUGUGGCUCUCAGGAAAUCUCCACAGUUUUCAAAACUUUCACCACUGCCUGUGAAGGGGACAGGAGCCUGGAAUUGCCACUGGUGACUCCCAGAGCUUUUGGGAUGAAGGAGCCUGUUGGGCUGCCACCAGUUGCUUCAUCCCUGAGAAACACCAGACAGCCACCUGUUCUUUCAGAGACCUCUCCCCCUUCCAUAGAUGAGCUGCCUCCACCACCCCAAGAGCUGCUGGAUGAAAUUGCUCCUGAUGGAAUUCAAGUGGAGAACAGAGAGUCAGGAAGAGAAUUUGAGAUGACAAAUCARAGUUUAUGGACUAAGGAGUCGUUUAAUCUGACAGAGGAUACAGAAAGGGCUCACUCCAGUCUCGACAAUAUUUUGGAAAGAAUGCUCCAAGGGGUUCCUGGAAACGAGGAGAUCCAAGAACAACCUCAGGGACACGAUUUUGGGGCUGCAGGCCUGCAGGAUCCAGAGGAUGCUGGAAAGAAGAACGGAGUGGAGGAGAGCAGAGCCUGGGCUGGAGGCAGAGCACCAGGAGGCUGUGCAGGGAUUUCAGCAGACAGGGAGCCCCAGAAGGAUCAGAAAUCCAGCCCCCAGCAGCAGCAGCAGCCUCCAACUCCCCCCAUCAGGAUAAUUGUUUUGGAUGAGAGCUCCCUCCACGAUUAAAACCCAAAGUGGAUGAGUUCUGUACAUCCCCUGCUUGCUCUGUGAAUUACAGCCCUUUUUGGCCACGUUAACACCUGURAAAUUCAGAUUUUCUUUAACAGCAGCAGCAAGGACAGAAGAAAAAUGGAAUGCUCUGUGUUCUGAUAUGGUUUAUGCUUCUUUUAUGCCAYUGAUGCCUGCACAGGCAGUGUCAACAUUGCAGAACUGAACUGAUUUUUACUGUUUUUUAAUGUUUUUUUUAAUGGUUUUUACUCUGCCAUCCUUAUAAAACCGGUUCCAUGAUGAUUUUUAUUCUGCACGUGCACAUUUUCAGCAGCCAAAAAGGAUUUCUUGCUCUGCUGCAUUGUGCAGUUUUCAGAUGAAAGACAAAAUGAUUGUGAUUCCGUGGGCUGCUGGUGCUGCUCAGGCAAUGAAAUGUUUCCAGGCUGGAGUGUUCCAGCCCUUGGAGUGUCUGUUUCUCCUUGCUCAUUAAAUUUAACAAGGUAAUUUCUUGUUUUCUCUUUACUUAGUGCUUUUGUGAUCCAGCGUUGAACUGAUUUGACUGAUUAAAGGGAUUAAUUGCUGUGCAAAAAAAAAAAAUAAAUAAAAAAAGCUAAUGAGGAAAAGGCAGCGUUCUCCAGAGAUUGUAAGUGCAGCAAUAUGUUCCCUGCCAGCAUCAGACAAGAAUGUGAAAAAAAAAAUAAAAAAAAAAAAAGUGGUUGCUGUCGUGAUGGUACCUGUUGUAUAAUUCAACCAUAUUUUUGGUAGGAUUCUUCAAAAAAAAAAGUUUUAAAAAAAUCCCUGGAUAUAAUUGGGCUUUGGGUUAGAAUUCUGAUGGGCACAGCAAGUUCAUAUUGAGUAUUUUUUUUUUGUGAUAAGAACAGUUCAGGUGCAGGAGGGAAGGUUGUCCUGUUCUUUGUCUGGUAGACAAUGGGAUUUGAGCUGGGUUUGUGCAUCUGGGUACAAACAUCUUCAUUUCUGUAUUUUUCUUUUUUUUUAUUGUUUUCAUCUCCAUUCCUGUUCUGGUAAGGAAAUGCUCCCAUUCUGGAGCUGUUAAUUUGUGGGUUUGCAACACAAAUAAAAGUUU